AACACAUAUUCACAUGUGCGCACCGAGUGUCAUUCUCGUGUCCUCGCGAUCAGCUGCGGCCAGCUGGCUGCGCUCGGCUGCAUGUAGCUGCGCGUACGGCGAUGAUUAACGGUGUCGCAAAAAGCGUUGCGAAGUGUCGGUUCGCGUUAGUUGCUCGAACAUAAGCGUGGUUGAUAGUCGAGAGACAUGGAUCACGUCGGGGUAAGUCGUUGUGCUCGUGUACUUUUCGCCGUUAUACUCCUGUGCGCGAACGCCGGUCACUGUUUACGCGAGGAUGCAAGAACCGACGGUUCGCCGGUACCUGUAGUGCUCUGGCAUGGAAUGGGUGAUAGCUGCUGCUUCUCUUUCAGUCUUGGAAGGAUAAAAGAGUUUCUUCAAGAUCAAAUCCCUGGGGUUUAUGUUCAUUCCAUACGCAUUGGAAGCAAUGAGAUAGAGGAUGUUGAGAACAGCUACUUUGGAAAUAUUAAUGAGCAGAUAAAGUAUGUGUGCGAGCAACUGUCGCAAGACACAAAUCUCCAAAAUGGAUACAAUGCCAUUGGCUUCUCUCAAGGGGCUCAAUUUCUGAGAGCAGUAGCUCAAAGAUGCCCUAAUCCACCGAUGCUGAAUUUGAUAUCUUUGGGCGGUCAGCAUCAAGGUGUUUUCGGCAUACCAAAGUGCACAGACACGUCUCGUCUGUGCAAUUAUAUGCGUCGCAUACUUCAUUUCGGCGCAUAUUUGUGGUACGUGCAAAACUCAGUAAUACAAGCUUCGUAUUGGCACGAUCCUGUGCGAGAGGAUGAAUAUCGAACGAAAAAUCUUUUCCUUGCUGAGAUUAAUAAUGUGUAUAAUAAUAACACAGAAUAUAAGAACAAUCUUCAAAAGCUACGAGCUUUAGUUCUCGUUAAAUUCGAGAACGAUACAAUGGUCGAACCAGUGGAGACGGAAUGGUUUGGAUUCUACAAGUCUGGCCAAGCGCAAGAGGUGCAAAAUCUACAACAAAGCGAGCUGUACCAACAGGAUUGGCUCGGAUUGCGCGCAAUGGAAAACGCUGGCAAGGUCUAUUAUCUUUCACUUCCUGGUGACCACUUACAAUUUACAGCCGACUGGUUCAUUGAAAAUAUAAUUAAAAAAUAUUUGGCAUAAUCGGAAGAAAUCUAUGUAAGAAUUUAAUGAAUUAGAAUUUGAUAGAUAUAACAUGACGUGUACGUAUAUAUAAUGUAAAAAAAGGAUAUUAAUAAAAGAGAUUAUCCACUGUA